AUGGGAACUCCAAUUGCCCAAGUACUCUAUUGCCUUUCUCAAGAACAACAAACGCCAUCGGAUGUGCGGCAUGAGCUCGAAGCAAUCACAGCGCUUUUGGAAACCCUCACAGAAUCGACAUGUGCACAACUAUUUUCGAGCGGAGUAGCUGCAAAGCUUACCGAAGCACUCACGAAAAGGAGAUUAUGUAGCUUGAAAUGGACGGGAUCUUGCCCAAAUCGUAAAUCAGUUUCGCAAGUGCUGCGAUUAGCUCGGACUCUGUUCCGCGACCGUGGAUGCAUUAAUGUUUUUCACUCGGUCAAAGAACAUCAUAAUUAUGUACAGUUUGCUGGUUACCUCUCUAGAAAUUUCCUCAACUGUGAAACAGAGUAUGCUCAGGCUGCUGGAUUACUUCUCAAUGUCACACAAAAGCUAAUUCAUGAUGCGGAAACAGCAUCGAUGUUUGUUCGGGUACAUUUGGCCAAAUGCAUGUUGCGCUUUCUGAGUUGUCGAGAUAUGUCCAUCCAGCAAGCAGCGCUUGAGAUCCUUGGAAGACUGGCAGAUUGGUCGGCUGUUUGUCGGGUCGAACUCUGUGCUACAACUGCUAUCGACAUAUGUCUACAACUAAUUCCACAGGGAGAUUUGCUAACACAAAAACUAUGCGUAAGCCUGCUCCGAAUUCUGUCUUGUGAGGAACAAGCUCGAGAACAAAUUCGGAUUUAUGAUGGAGUGCCUAUUCUUGUAGGGCUGUUGUCCAUAAAAAAUUCACGUCUACAGUGGCAUGUCGCGUGGUCAUUAGCUCAGCUCGCCGAGGACGCGGAAACAUCAGUCGAGAUCGUCCAGCUUGGUGGAAUCUCACUCGUGCUAGCCGAAUUUGCAACACUAAAACCACCUGCAAAAGCAUUGAAUGACUGGGUAGCAAUGCUUACUGGACUGUGUGCCCUAUUGGCUCAGCUCUGCCAAUGUGAUUCGAACCAACGUCAACUUGUCUCCAACAAUGGAGUUUAUUUGCUCGGAAAAGCGCUUCUCUUGGGUACCGAAGAUGAACGACUGCAAGAAAAUCAAAGUUGGAAGAGUACGCAGGUUAGAACUCUGAAAGCCUACCUAAAACUACUUGACACCUAA